AUGACCACAGAAACUGGUUCUGAGUUAGAGUCCAAGCCGGAGGGCCAGGGGGCCAACGCAGCACCUGCUCCUCCAGCCACGCCCCUGCAGGUCACCCAGCCCUGUGACGGGGAGCAGUUCCCUCCUGCCGCUGCACACAGCACUCCCGUCAGGAGAGAUCAGACCGGGGAGCGAGAAGCAGGUGGUGUCCCACUGGGGAAGGCUGAUUUGCAGUCAGCUGAGGACGACAGAGCCUCUCACAGGUCCUCUUCUAGCAAACUCUCCCGCUCGCCCGCUAAAACUACCAAAAAACCCAAAAACAUGCAGUGUAAAGUCACCCUCCUGGAUGGCUCUGAGUACACCUGUGUGGUGGAGAAACGGGACAGAGGUCAGGUCAUAUUCGAUAAGGUUUGUGAGCAUCUAAACCUUUUGGAAAAGGACUACUUUGGCAUCACAUUCCGUGAUAUUGAAAAUCAGAAGAACUGGUUGGACCCAGCCAAAGAAAUGAAGAAACAAAUCAGAGGAGUACCCUGGAAUUUUUCAUUUAAUGUGAAGUUUUAUCCUCCUGAUCCUGCACAGUUGUCUGAGGACAUUACAAGAUAUUACCUCUGUUUACAGCUGAGAGACGAUGUGGUCUCUGGUCGUCUCCCAUGCUCCUUUGCCACACAAACUGUCCUGGGUUCAUACACAGUCCAGUCAGAACUUGGAGACUACGACCCAGACGAGUAUGGGACUGACUAUGUCAGCGAGUUCCGCUUCGCACCUCACCAAACCAAGGAGCUGGAGGAGAAAGUUAUGAGCCUCCACAAGAACUACAAGGGAAUGACCCCAGCUGAGGCUGAAAUGCACUUCCUGGAGAAUGUGAAGAAGCUGUCUAUGUAUGGAGUGGACCUCCAUCACGCCAAGUUGGUAGGAAGCUUCUUUGAGUGCUUGUCUCCAGCUAAGGGAGAGGAUUCAGAAGGGGUGGAGAUUAUGCUGGGAGUGUGUUCUUCGGGCCUCCUCAUCUACCGCGACAGACUACGCAUCAACCGGUUUGCCUGGCCUAAGGUCCUCAAGAUCUCCUACAAGAGGAAUAACUUCUACAUCAAAAUUCGCCCCGGGGAGUUUGAGCAAUUUGAAAGCACAAUUGGCUUCAAACUACCCAACCACAGGGCAGCCAAACGACUCUGGAAAGUCUGUGUGGAGCACCACACAUUUUUCAGGUUGGUGGCUCCAGAGACGCCCCCCAAGAAGUUUCUGACCCUUGGCUCUAAGUUCCGCUACAGUGGCCGAACACAGGCCCAGACCCGACGGGCGAGCUCUCAGAUCGUCCGCCCCGCACCCUACUUUGAACGUUCUUCCAGCAAGCGCUACACCAUGUCCCGAAGCCUAGAUGGAGCUCAGCGGAGUACUCCCCAAAACACAGCCACAGUAAUCCCGGAUGCUAAACCACCUAUUGCUAUAAAUGGCACUGAACCGGCAGAGAUGGGCACAGCCUUGUACGGAGCGGCCAAAGGCAUCGCCAUGAGCGACCUCAUCACUACAGUGACGCCGGAGAAAAAGGCAGAGGAGAAGAAGGCAGAGGAAGGAGUAGUGGAAGAGGAAGACGAGACGACGAAGGCCACUGAAGUGUCGCAGCCCAGUCCGCCCACACCUGUUCGACAGGACACAAGGACCGAUAUCACGGACACAGCUGUCGAUGGUGAACUGACAGCUACAGAGUCGGACCAGGAGGAUGAGUCAGAAAUAAAGACACAGUCCAGUUUCAUAAGACGAAUCAAAGGGGAGAAUGUGUUUGUCAGACACAGUAAGCUGAUGCUAGAGGACACGGAUGACGCUCUGGACGAGCUGCUGAAACAUCAGACUAACAUUAGUGAGCUGAAGAGAACAUUCUUGGAGAAGGGCACUGACAAAACAGGCCUGACCGAGUGGGAGAAACGUCUCUCCUCAUCACCGCUGCGUUCCCCGCGACUGGACGAAGCCCCCAUGAUCGAACCCCUCGUGCCUGACGAGCUCUCCUCUGUGCUGAAGACAGAGGUCGUGACCUACAGCAGUGCAUUGUCAGGGGAGACAGAAAAGCUGGUGGAUCAGGAAAUGCCAGUGAUACAAACAGAAAUGAAAACCAUCACAUAUGAGGCAGUGCAGGGUGACUCUGAUGCGGAUGCAGAGCCUGGACUUCUGAUGAGUGCUCAGACCAUCACCUCGGAAACGACAAGCACGACCACGACCACGCAUAUCACCAAGACUGUGAAAGGAGGCAUCUCAGAAACCAGAAUUGAGAAGAGAAUCGUCAUCUCAGGGGAUGCAGACAUAGACCAUGAUGAGGCUCUGGCCCAGGCAAUUAAAGAAGCCAAAGAGCAGCACCCUGAUAUGUCAGUGACCAAGGUAGUGGUCCAUAAAGAGACCGAGAUCACACCAGAGGAAGGAGAGGAGUGA